AUGGACUUGGUGGAGCUAUCGUCUUGCGAAGUGCGAGAACCAAGACUGGGUCCCGUCGAUUUGCCUCCUCUAGAAGAUUUUGGAUGGUACUCUGGCUGCGCUUCCAAUCCAAACUUCUCCAUCCCUCGUACACCGCUGGACAUGGAUCAAGCUUGCAUGUGGGGCAAGAACAACGCUAUGGGCCUGUCGGGACUGAACGUCGAGAAUGAACGCCUCAAAGAGGGUCUCAAUGCCACGCUGGCCCAAUGGCCCUUCUCUGCACCAUCAUUCGAGCACCAAGCUGGUUUGGCGACGGGUCUAGCACGAGGGCAGAGCGGCGGCCUAGGCCUAAGCUUGGUAGCGUGA